UCAGACCCUGCCACCCUGGUGCUGAGAGGUGUCAGCAUUGCUGAUGAUGGAAGCUUGGACAGUGUCACCAACUAUGAGGUUCCAGGGACAAGUGCUGACUCCACUUCUCCCAUCAUCUUUGAAGUCUCAGAAACAUUGGUUCCCAUCCCUUAUGCGGAAUCCCUGCUGCAUGCAGACUGUGCUGGGGAGGAGGUGACCUGUGAGAUCUCUCCAUACAGCCUACAUGUGGCUGAUGAGAUGCUCACUCAGGCCUCCUGGUUCAUGGGGACCCUGAAGCUGUCCAGUGGGCUCAGCAUAGCCCUGGUGCUGAAGGUCAGAAGCGACAGGGAGGAAGAUGGGGGAGUGGCUGUGCUGCACCCAAGGCUGAAGGUCCCUGUAAGCAAUGAGGGCACAGUACUGACCACAGUUGAAUUCCAGUUGUCAUCUCACACCCCUGCUUUGCGUGCCCGACUUGGCAGCUCCGUCAGCCUGGACUGCAGCUUUGCCUUGGCUCCCAGCUCUCCGCUGGCCUCGCUGGAGUGGAGGCUACAGCACCGAGGCAGUGGGCGGAGAGUGUUUCACUACCAGGCAGGGGACACGGUACAAGCAGAACAGCCAGGGGCCCAGGUGGAUGUGGUGCAGCUGCUGGAGACUGGAGAUGCAUCGCUUCGGCUGCAUGGCGUGCGAGUGGGGGAUGAAGGGACAUACAUUUGUUUGGUGUCCACCCCGCAGCACCAGGCCCAGAACAUCAUCCAGCUGCAGUUGGUCGAGCCCCCAAGGGUCCGUUUGUUCCCAGAGCUGGUGUCUCGUGAGGGGAAUGGAGUCAGCACCCUGACCUGCGAGAUCUCUGGCUAUUACCCCCUGGAUGUGUCAGUGACGUGGACGCGGCAGGCUCCUGAUGACAAGGGCAAGGUCCCUGUCUCAGGCUCAAGCACAUACUUCUCCAGCCAUAGGCAAGCCCAGGAUGGCACGUAUAGCGUCAAUUCGUACCUGAGUAUCAACACCGCCACAGAGCUGGCACCUGCCAGCCACAGCUGCCAUGUCUUCUCGCAUCUCGCCCUCGAAGAGCAAAUCACAGCUAGUGCCCAGCUCAGAGCACCAGAGCAAAAAAUAUCCAAUGGACUUGUGGGCAUCUUCAUCGCUACAUUCAUCUUCCUUGCUGCUCUCAUUGGCCUCAUGCUCAGGAGAAGUAAAACUGUUGAUGAAAAAUCAGAGGAAUCUCUGGAGACUUCAGGGUAAAAGGACAGUCCCUCUGAUGGACUCAACCACAGGUGGAGGUUCCGCCACUCAGAAGCAAACCUUCCAUUAUGGAGCUACUACCUGUGCCAAGGACCCUCCUGCAGCUCUGUAGGAAGGGAUUGGAGGACCCUUGUGACCCUGGAAAAGUGGAAUCAGAGAAAAGUGGGCAUCUCCCACAUUUCCUGUGGGUAACUUCACUGUAACACUUUUCUUCUCACACUUUUAGGUACACAGAACUAGAUCCUCAAAAAGAUGUUGGCAUUGGUGCCUAAGUCCAUCAUUUAGGAACCACUGUCAUACAAUCAUAGAUGAUUAGGGUUGGAAGAGACCUUUAGGGUGUCAUCUCGUAAAAACCCCUGCUCAACGAAGGACCAAUACAACUAAAUCAUCCCAGCCAGGGCUUUGUCAAGCUGGGACUUUAAAACCUCUAGGGAUGGAGAUUCCACCACCUCCCUAGGUAACCCAUUCCAGUGCUUCACCACCCUCCUAGGGAAAUAGUUUUUCCUAAUAUCCAACCUAGACCUACCCCACUGUAACGUAAGCCCAUUACUCCUUGUUCUGCCAUCUGUCACUAGUGAGAACAGCCUCUUUCCAUCCUCUUUGGAACCCCCCUUCAGAUAGGUGAAGGCUGCUAUCAUCCCUGAGAUCCACAAAGCUCCUUUCACUUGGUGACUAACCCAUUUACUGCUCAGGUUUCAUAGGCACUUACGUUUUUGCUGGAAAAAUCCCCUAAGAAUCUACUUUUCUGCCUGUGGGCAUACACAGAAUCAUUCCUGAUGCCACUGAGCUGCUCGGUUCCCUGGCUCAUGCAUAACCUCUAGGAGGAUUCUCAGCCAAUGCAAUAUUCUGCCUUUGUCACCUGCACGGCCUGAUCCCAGAGGCAUGCUCAGAGCUCACCUCUCGGUUUGGGCCUUGAAUAAAGGGUAGCUAGGAGCAAGCAGAACAGAAAUUUGAUGUAUGUGUCUAUGUGCAUAUGUACAUGUAUGCCAUCCCAAGGCAUCCUUUUCCUUUAACCCCUCCACUGCUCUGCCUUCUCUAGCAUGUCAAAUAUAAGCUGCUUGUAUUCACCUUCUAGUCCCUUCUUUCCCACCCUACCUAUUUGCUAUUGAAUUGCUGAUGCACAUGAUGCCAGUCUCCAUUGUCCACAGGUUCAGUUUUCAGACAAGCAUCUCUCUACUUUCUCCCAUGCUGUUCAGCACACUUGGGAGGAGCUGCCUGUAAACAUUUACAAAGCAUCCUCCUGCAGAUACCUCUGCAAAACUCUCCUUGGCUGAGAUGCCUGUAAUGUGUAAACAAUGGUUAGAAAGCUGAUCACCCUGACCGUUGUUGUCUCAUUGUUUCCUUAUAUUCCCUUACAAGUCUCUUGGUUUACGGUUAGACUGUAAGCCCUUUGGGGCAGGAACUGUCUUUCUGUUCCAUUUGUACAAUGCCUGGCCAAUGGGGUCCUGGCCAAUAACGACAGCUCCUAUGCGCUACAA